UUCUCUGUCGCGAUCUGUUCAGGAAAUUCUCCAGUGAAAUUCCUCUGGAAUCCUUCCGCGCGGGUAAAGAUCGAAAAUAUGUCUUACGCGUAUCUCUUCAAAUACAUCAUCAUUGGCGACACAGGCGUUGGUAAAUCGUGCCUUUUGCUCCAGUUCACGGACAAACGUUUCCAGCCAGUUCAUGACUUGACGAUCGGAGUUGAAUUUGGCGCUCGCAUGAUCACCAUUGACGGCAAACAGAUCAAACUACAGAUCUGGGAUACAGCCGGCCAAGAAGCUUUCAGGUCUAUUACCCGCUCGUAUUACCGCGGUGCCGCGGGUGCACUUCUAGUCUACGAUAUCACUCGCCGGGACACGUUCGAUCAUCUCACGUCGUGGCUGGAAGACGCCAGACAGCACUCGAAUUCGAACAUGGUGAUUAUGCUGAUUGGUAACAAGAGCGAUCUGGAGUCGCGUCGUGAGGUGAAGAAGGAAGAAGGCGAGGCUUUCGCUCGCGAACAUGGGCUCGUCUUCAUGGAAACCUCCGCCAAAACCGCCGCGAAUGUGGAAGAAGCCUUCAUCAACACGGCCAAAGAGAUCUAUGAAAAGAUCCAGGAAGGGGUGUUCGACGUGAACAACGAAGCAAACGGAAUCAAGCUCGGGCCACAACACGGGCCCGCCAACGUGCACCCCGGCUCCGGGAACGCGUCCAUGUCGCAGAGCGGAGGGUGUUGCUGA